AUGCAUCUUAUACUUACAGGAGCAACAGGCCUUGUAGGCUCUGGUGUCCUAGACGCGAUGAUCAAGAUGAAAGAUGUCACCAAAAUAUCAGUCCUUAGCAGAAGACCUGUGAAAUUAGCAGAGGAUUCCAAGGACCCUCGUGUUAACGUCAUCAUUCACAAGGACUUUGAGAAGUAUGAUUCCGAGCUUAUGUCCAAACUUCAAGGGGCCUCGGGUUGCGUUUGGGCUUUAGGAAUCAGCCAGACACAAGUGAGCAAAGAGGAGUAUGUAAAGAUCACUAAGGACUAUGCCUUGGAAGCAUCAAAAGCCUUUCAAACUCUAGGCUCGGAACAGGAACCAUUCAACUUCGUGUAUGUCUCGGGAGAAGGUGCCACAACAAAACCCACUCGUUUUUCAGCCCUCUUUGCCCAAGUAAAAGGGCAGACUGAGUUAGCUUUGGCGGACAUGCGUAGACAAAAUCCCAUUUUUCACGCAAGUUCAGUUCGACCUUCAUUUGUUGACGCUUCAAACCAUGAUGCUAUUAAGCCUUAUCUCCCAAACCAGGUUUGGCAGAUCAAGGCUACUAUUGCGGUGCUCGGGCCCGUGAUCAAAUGCGGAUUUCCAGGAUAUUGGAGCCCUACACAAGAUUUAGGGCGAUUUUUAACAGAGGUGGCUAUGGGGCGGUACAAGGAUCAAUUCAAAGCGAAAGACAUUGAGAUGGUAGGCGAGUUUCCAAUAAUCGCGAACACUGCUUUUAGACGAUUGGGUGGUUUCAAUACUGCAUGA